AUGGACUUCCUUCUCUGCAUGGAAGACCCCGUGGAGAUUCUCGAGGGCACUCUCCACAUCGACAUCCACGCCAAACAUGUUCGUGACGUAGAUGAUGGCCUUUCUGUGAUCGGUUACCUCGACGAUUGGAACGAGAGUCAGGCCCAGCUCCAGACCGCUCUCCAGACCAUCGAGACCAUUACUGACAAGAAGAAUAGUUUGAACCGGGACCUACAGUCUGUUCGUGACGAAUUCUACCACUCAAUUUGGGGGCUGCUCGACUUCUGCCUUCAACGAAGUAUCUCACAGAGUUCGGUCCAGUGGCGACGAUAG